AUGCCAAAAAAAUAUAAGGUUAAAGAUGUUGAUCGAUCUGAACUUCACAUUAUUCAUUAUCUCAAUGAUCCUGAUUAUAAAUUAAGAAUAUUGACAUGUAACCACCCAGUUCCUCCGAAUCGGUACAACGAUAGGGUUGAGGAGCAUCUACGAGUUACCGGUUUCUAUCAUGUCUCUCAGAUUGGGAUAGUGCAGUGUCAGAAAGCAUUGGUAAAUGCUCUAGUCGAACGUUGGCACCCAGACACACAUACGUUCCACCUUCCCAUUGGUGAAUGUUCCGUGACUCUUGAAGAUGUGGCUCUAAUUCUUGGUCUUCCCACAGAUGGUCUUCCAGUUACAGGAAUGACAAUGAGUAGUUUUGAAGCCAUAGAGGCAGAGUGUUUGCUUCAAUUUGGCGUUGCACCGCGUAAGGAGGACUGCGUGCACUGGAAGUUUCUACCCUUGCUUCGUGAUUUUGUCAGUAUUGGACAGUAUAGCUGGGGAUCGGCAUGCCUAGCACACCUUUACAGGGCCCUAUGUAGGGCAUCUCGCUAUAACUGUAAGGAAAUAGAUGGACCACUAACACUUCUGCUCGGUUGGGCUUGGAUCCGACUGCCAUAUCUAUCACCGCUUCCUAGAGAACCCCGCAGCUUUCCACUAGCAAAUAGGUGGCGUAACUGGGAGCGUGGUGACCGACGAUAUAGAUAUCUGAAGUUAGAUCACUUUAGGAAGGCCUUUGAUGAACUUCAGGAAGGCCAGUUUGUCUGGGUUGCUUAUGCUGUGGAUCGUGUGGAUCCGAACAUAAUUCCUCCUGAAAUCUACAUGCAAUCGGUUGUAUGGAGCGCUACAGUUUCGUUGGUGUCCUUUGAAUGUAUCGAGUGGCACGCCACCAAUAGGGUCAGGCGCCAGUUUGGUUUCGUUCAGGGAGUACCUACUCAGGAGCAGAAUCUGGAUAAGGCGCAUGGGGAGGUUCUGACUGGUCCGAAGAAUCUUAACUGGGUCACAGCACCGAGUCAUUCAAUUUGGGUGAUGCAUUGGACAAACAUGUAUCACUACAUUCUUUCUGAGCUUCCCAUCCCUUCACAGCAUCCAUUGGAUAGUUACAUGAACUGGUACCGAUCAAAAUUUGGGAACCGCUUAUCCUUGUCGAAUCUUGUGGGUGAAGAUAAUGUGGGUAAUGAGGAUAUGGGUGCGGGUAAUGAUGAUAUGGAUGAGGGUAAUCAGGAUACCGAUGAAGGUAGUCAGGAUAUGGAUGAGGACAAUGAAGAACAUGAGCCACAUAUUUCACUUCCAAAUCCGCUUCCACAAGAACAACCUCAGUCCUCAAAUCCGUUUGUACCUCAGACACAAUUCACCCCAUCAUUUCCAAUGCAGCAACAAUAUUGGGGUAUGUCACAGUUUGAGACAGGCGAAGGAGGUUCUUUUAGCCAGUUGCUUGGGUUCAUGGCUACGGAUGCCGCACAAUCACAAUAUGGCCAUCAGCCUGAGUUCAUGCCAGGCAGGUAUUCGUUGGAUGCGAGGUAUCCAGGCCAUACCUCAUCCGUUGCUUCCGGGGGGUUCGUAUCUAUUGAUGACUCUAGUAGAAGUGAGAUGGAAUGUGCUGCAGACACUCCGGAGGACAACGUCAAAGGUUACAAUCUGAGGAUUGAUCCGCCACGUCGGAGUGCCAAUCGCUUCACUCCUUCUGUCUUCAAAAAAGCGGCCAAGAAAUGCAAGAACUUUGUGAAGGAUGUAAAGUGGGCGAUGAGAAAGUAG